CACAAAUAAACGACAGAAUGUCACCGGGUAACGUUAUGACAGGCAGUGUACGAGCCGGAGUGCUGAGUUUUAAAAAAAAUUAGUGAAGGCGGUCUACAACCUUAACCAUCAAGAAGGUACAUUCAAGUUUAUUACGACGAUUAAUUUGUCGAUGACUUGUCGACCCACAAAUGGAAAAAGAAGAUACUGAUUUAUAUCGUUGUAUUUUAUUUAAUAGUAAGACGAUUUUAAAUAAUUUAUGGAGCAUACAUAAACGGAAACCUGAAACAGGUAACAGGAUGCGAAAGGCUAUACUACAGACUCACUGGAAAUCCGAAGUGUUAUUAACGUCAUCAUAAGUAACCGGGUUAUCAGAAAACGGACUCAUGUUUAGGGCUAAUUUCAGUACCAAGAAGCACAUGAGAAAGUAAGGGAGGAUAUUUUACGUUUUUGGUCUGCUGAACCAAUAAAAGAACAUUUGAAUUUGGAAAUCGCUGUACAGACUUUAUGUUUACAAGACCUAUGGCGUAUAUGCAUAAUUGAAUGUUUACAACUAAUCAGCCCAACAUUGACAGGGUCUGCUGCGUUGUUAAUUCUAUGUAAUUAAAAAUGCGUUUACACGCUUAAAGUGACAUUAAGUAAUAAGUGACUUAUAACUUCACUGAGUGAGUGAUAUCGUCAGCAGUAAGCUUUAGUCUUUAGUAAAUAUAUACUCCUACAGAUGCUUUACAUAGAGCAUUCACUGAGAAGGAAAAGUCGCUCUCAAACGCUGUUUUGACAAGACGUUAAGUACCGUAUUACUCGGAUGACGGGCUGUAAAUUAUACUUAUGUCUGAUAUUAUGACGUUGUAAACUUCGUUGACAGAAUACGCAUUCAGCUACAUCGGAGUAAAACUCAUUUUUCGGACGUUUCCCAGAUAUGAGCAACUUUCUCAUCAACUGAUUUCCUUGAUAGUGUCACGUUUUGCGACGCGUUCGAUUGCUUGCCUUGUUUAUCAUUCUGUAAGUGAUCGAAUGGCUGACUAUUUAUUCACGAUCUUUUCCAUGAUUAUUGGAUGCCUGGGAUUGGUAGCAAAUGCCGGAGCUCUCUAUGUUUUUAAAAGGAUGAAAAUAAUUUCUAAAACAGUAACGCACUCAUUGUUGUUCCAUCAGUGCCUGAUUGAUUUUAUGAGCGCUUUAUUGUUCCUACCAUUUUACCCAAUACCACAGGCACUCGGCAUCUGGCAGGAUCAGGAUGUGUUUUGUAAAAUCCGGACAUUUUAUUGGAUUUUGGCAGUAACUUCAACAUUUAAUAUGGUAUAUCUAACUGUUGAAAGGUACUAUGCUAUAGUUUUACCGAUGAAGCACCUUGUCCUGUUCAGAGGACGCACCGUUCCGGUAGCCCUACCAGUCACGUACGUUGCAGGUUUCAUCUGUAGUGUUCACUCGUUUAUAGUGUCAGAAUCUGACGCAGAACUUAGGGUAUGUGUUUACAACUGGAACGGAAAAACAACAUUAAUGAUCGGCCAUGGCGUGUUUAUUUUCAUCAUCGAGUGGAUGGUACCCACUGCGAUAUUUAUAGUCGUUUACUACAAGAUAUACUUAACAUUAAAAUUACACGCACGUUCAAACACUAAUAUUGAUAUGCCGGAGAGAUCCACCCGAAAUGUUAAUAACGCAUUAAAUAAAUGCUUAGUAUCAACGGUUCUUAUUAUUUUCAUCACGUACCUUAUAUGCUGGACGCCGAAGAUUCUCCUGUACCUUCUUUCAAACUGUGGAGUAAAAAUAAAUGCGCAUUUGAAUAAAAUUACAGUUUUGUUAUUAACUUCAAAUCUUUGCUGGAACCCGUUUAUCUAUACAUUUAAAUACAAGGAAUUCAACAAAGCCGUUAAAAGGACUUGGCGUGAAGUUGUCCGAAGAAAGCCGCGAAAGAAGUUUUAUGUGUCUUCGUACGUGUCCGGCAAUAUCAAACUUGAUAGAGACUCGAGUGCAAUCACAAUUGAUAAAGAAACAAGAUGACUUUUAAUCAACUCUGCCGUACAAUAUAAACAUCAGUUGAUUUUAGAGAGAAAACAUAUUAUGCUACUGUAACAUUUACUGCUGUGUAAAAACACAUACGACUUACAUCUUCAUCCGAAUAAGUAUUUUUUCUAUUGCAAACCUUCUGUUUAGUAUUCAAAAUGUGGAAUGUACAUUUUUCUUUCGUAAUGACGUCCUCGAUGUAUGUAAAACGUCUUGGGAUCGAGUCCCGGUAAACGCUGAGAUAUUUGACUUUGUUUCAUCUUCCGUUAUAUUUUAAUUUAAUAUAUAAAUGCAUUGCACACACACACACACACACACACACAUAUAUAUAUAUAUAUAUAUAUAUAUAUAUAUAUAUGAUAUUGAAGGAAGUUAGCUGUAAACACUGUUGAAUAAAUAUAAUAUAAAUGAUCAAAGGUACAUAUACAUUGUUUAAUAAAGACAUGAUGGACCAUCGUAGGCUACCUUGCAGCUUUUCAACGAACAAAGUCCUAUAAAAAGUCAUUGUGUAAUAAAAUUCCUCCGACGGGAUUCGAACCUGCGACCUCUCGCUAACAAGGCGAGCGUCAUAACCACUAGGUCACAAAGGCUUCAUGGUUGAACAGGUCCAAAUUAAC